UGGUCAAGAUGGGUGGUCUGCAUCCUACCCAUACUGUGCCUUAAUGUCCUGCUGAGAAGACAAUGUGACCAGCUUCUGCCAGAACUGUGCCUGUGUAAGGUUAUCUUCCAGGAUUGGCCUCCAUUUACUUCCAUCCGUGGCUCAACUUCAAUCAUUUGCCGGAGAAAAGAAUCCCACCUCCAUGCUCCACUGGGGGGAAAUGGCCCAUUCAGAAAAUGCAGCUGCCCUGAUUUCAGCUUCAUCCAUUUCCCCGAUCAAUGAUGACCAACUUCCCUUUCCGUGUCAAAGAGAACGAUCCCCACAGCAUGAUGCUGCCACCACCACGUUUCACAAUGGAGGAUGGUAUCUUUAAGACUCGCAGCGGCUCUCCCCCCUGAGCAUCAUCUCCACCAUCGGAGAUCGUCCUCGUGUCUGUGUUCUGCCGGGUGGACGCACGCCCCACAGUCACCAUUUCUGCCCCGGAGAGCUCCAGGCUGGCAGCGCAGCCCCUUCCCAGGCUGAGCAUCGGGCGGAAGACCCUGGUGGCAGCUGCAGUGGGGGUCAUGCUGGUCCUGGUCCUGGUGGUCCUCAUCCCUGUGCUCGUCAGCUCUGUGGGUGCUGGUGGCACAGAUGACAGCGCGAGCCACUAUGAGAUGCUGGGCACCUGCCGGAUGGUGUGCGACCCCUUCCCCAGCACGGGCACCGCCGGAACGGGGAUCCACACGGACACAUCGACCAGUGGCUUCCUGGUGGACAAUGAGGAAGACCUGAGCGACCACAGCAUCGGCCCUUCGCUGCCUACGUACAGCACAAACGGCCCACAGGGAAAACCAGGACGUCCAGGCAAACCUGGGCUUCCGGGACCUCCUGGAGAACCGGGUCCACCGGGCCCAAGAGGGCCGCCGGGGGACAGCAGAGACAUAGUUCGGACGGGGAUCCUCGGGGCGGUUAGYACAACCACCUACAACACCACUCCUCGAGUGGCGUUUUACGCAGGACUACGAAACCCCCAAGAAGGCUACGACAUUCUGCGAUUCGACGAUGUGGUGACUAACAUCGGGGGGAACUACGAGGGCGCGACGGGCACGUUCACCUGUAAGAUUCCAGGGACCUACUUUUUCAUCUACAACGUGUUGAUGAGAGGAGGCGACGGCACCAGCAUGUGGGCUGACCUGAUCAAAAACGGUCAGGUCAGAGCCAGUGCUAUUGCCCAAGACCAAGACCAGAGUUAUGACUAUGCCAGCAACAGUGUCAUACUUCACCUGGAUGCGGGUGAUGAGGUUUUCAUCAAACUGGAUGGGGGCAAAGCUCAUGGGGGCAACAGCAACAAAUACAGCACCUUCUCGGGGUUCAUCCUCUACGCCGACUGACGACCGGGCAGAACAGGAGGCUCGGAGGUGAAAGGUCCCAGUCGCAGACAUUUACUUCCUGACUUCCACUUGGCAUUCUUGCCGUGAGGUUAAUGUCACAGUCACCGCUCCACAGUCUUUAAAGUAACGUAGUGAUGAUGCACGCUGCAGUUUUGUAGUUUUUCGCUAAUCUCUUAAUCUGUUUCAAUCCAACAUGAAUACACAUUGGGUGCCUAUGCUGCUAACAUUAUGGACAUGUGUCAUGCGGUAGCAACUGUGACAGCGCUGAGAGGCCAUGCCAUCAUUCUUCAGCUGUCAUGUCAAAUUCAAGUCUGGAAAUCCCACAGUGGCGGAGGCCUCAGUGUUAGUAAAUGUGCUCUCUGGGUUUAUGUUAUGGUUCUGUCUUUGCUUUCACAUGCUGUCUGUGUGAUAAGAUGUUUUCCAUCAGUGGAGGAGGAGUCCUGCCUCAAGAAAUUUGUCAAAAAUUUGGAUGCAAGAAUGAGAUUAUGAUGUCUGAAUSCCAGAGUGUAAGAAAAGGUUUCAAUGUGACAUCAGACCUACAUCACAUCACCUACAGCACAUAUUGGCACCUCUGAUGAAGAUGUAGAAAAAGUCUUGAAAUAAAUCUUCUGUAGCAUAAGUUUCACAAAAAACKACUUACUUCAUGUAUUUAUUGCARCUGUAGAUAYUGUAAAUGAUCUUUUGCCUUACUUCAGUUUUCAUGUUCUCUUGUCUUUUCCAUUCUGAUGACGGCCUUCGUGUCAUAUAUUUAUACUCCAUGAAAACUGGAAAUCAUAGACCAAACAUUAAACACUAUAACUGCAAGCAAGGAGUUAUAGUCAAACCUGUUGUAGCAAGUCUAGCCCUGUUCAUAUCCUGGUGGCCCAACGUCUGUGUCUCACUCAGGUCAACACAUUGGUCACUAUCCCAAAAAAMCCCUAAAAGUCUCUUAAACCACAUAUAUAUGCCAAACUGGAUUGUGCAGGUGGUUCGUUAGAUGCUAAGUCGCUAAGAGCUAAUCAGCCCAGGAUUAAUGUGCUGCGUUGAUUAGCACCUCAAUAUGUAGUGUUAUAUACCGUACACAAAUGGAAGCACAAGUCUUAAAGAUACUCAACAGUUUCUAUAGUAAAGCUCACAGRACAAUGUCKGUUGAAUCUCAUUGCAAAKACACCCAAAAAAUUAUAAAUUAGCUUAAAUUGUAAUCUCCUAAAAAGAAGAAUGACAUGAUGUUUCAAAACAGCGUUACAGCUUCUCUGAUAUUCCAGUKAAGUCAAGGCAAGCUACACUGCUCUCCCCGGAUUUGGUCCUUUCUGACUUCCUAAUGUAAGCUUUUCCGAUAUGAGACGAGUUUAUUUUAAGGCUAUUGACACAUCUUUACCAGGAGAGCCAAUAAAAGUGGAGGGUGCUGUAUGUUAUAUUUGGCAUAUUGUAUAAAAUGUAAAUUCAUUAUUGACUCUGUAUCUCAAUACAGACAAAACAUUAUCAACCUUGUACAUUUUGUUGGUCACUACAGUGGACAGCUGUAGUGACCAACUACAGCUGACCAACUACAGCUGUAUUUGUGUUUCUAAAAACAAAAACAUAAUGUAUUGAUUGAUGACUGUGUGAUUUUAUUAUUUCCUGUGCAGGUUUAAUUUUUUGAUCAAUGCAUGUAAAGUCAAAAUGUUUUGUUUCCAUAAAACGAUAAAUGAUGAUUUAAAACUGUAUUGAAAAGAUAGACGUGGACAUUAUUUGCUGCCUUUACUCACAAACUUCAAUUAAAAGAAUAACGUCUUUAGCAUUUACCA